AUGGCAAAAAAAGUUGUGGAAUUUCGACUGAAUGAGCUCUUCCAAGUCCUCAACGAGGAGUUCCAAUUGAAGAGAGGAGCUGAACAAGACAUUGUGAGCAUCAAACGCCAAGUAAAAUCCAUAAGGGCCUUCUUAGGCAGCAUCGAUGAUAACAAAUUAGAGUACGAAGACCAAAGUCUCGAGUCAUGGAUUAACAGAGUGAGAGAUGUUGCUUAUGAAAUUGAAGAUAUCGUUGACGAGUUCUUGCUCUACAUUUUCGAACAUCGUUGGGAUGAAGAUCGCCCACACACCUCACCGUCGUGUUCCUUCGUCAGAAACUGCAAAACCAACUACAAAAUCGGCUCUGAAUUGCGAAACAUCAGAGCCAAAAUCAAGGGAAUACCCGACAAGCCAAGGAAGUACGAUGUUGUUUCAAGCGUGGUACCAGAAAGCAGCAAAAUGACUCAUCAGUUUCGGAGCAGUUUGUAUAACGUAGUGGACGAAGGCCAACUGGUUGGCGUUGGUCGGAUGGAGGCCAAAGAGACUCUGCUUGGUUGUCUCUUAGAGGGUGAUGACUCUGCCAUGAAUAAAGUAGUGGCAAUUGUUGCAGAAGGAGGGAUGGGGAAAACCACCAUGGCACGUCAAAUCCAUCAUCAUGGUUAUAUCAGAGAGUGCUUCAAGAAGAUAGUGUUUGUGACGCUUUCUCAAUCGUUAAACGAAGAGGAGCUUCUAACCGACAUGGUUCAGCAGCUCUGCAAUGUUGGUUCUCAGGAAAUCCUAUCUCACACGAUGAGCACCCAUGAACUGAAAGAAACCAUGAAGGGUUUGAUUCAAUCUGCAAGAUAUUUGAUUGUACUUGAUGACGUGUGGAAAAAAGAGCAUUGGGAUUGCGUGAAACUCGCAUUUCCCAAUGAACACUGUGCCAGCAGAAUCUUAAUCACCACUCGUAACGAAGAGGUGGCAAGAUACGCGACAACCUGCGACGACUCCCAAGGUACCAUGUUUCACCUGCAACGUUUAUCUGAAAGUGAUUCGUGGGGACUAUUCUGUAAGAAAACAUUCUCUUCCCAGCCUUGCCCUCCUCAUUUAGAACCCAUCUGCAGACAAAUGGUAGACAAAUGUGAAGGGCUUCCUCUUGCCAUCUCAGUGCUCAGUGGCCUAUUGGGUACUAAAAAUAAGAACAGGGUUGAAGAAUGGGUGAUGGUUCAACGUAUUCUUGAUAACGUUGAACUAAAAGGAAACAUUAAUCCUCGUUUGAACAAAGUACUUUCGUUGGCCUUUGACGAUUUACCUUAUAAUCUCAAGCCAUGUUUCUUGCUCUUAAGCGUGUUCCCUGAGAACCACUUGAUCGAGCCCAUGAGACUAGUUCGAUUAUGGGUCUCAGAUGGAAAUAAUAAGAUGACAGAGGAAGUAGCAGAAAGCUAUUUGUGCGAACUUCUCAAUAGAAAUUUGAUACAAAUAGCCAAGUACACACUUGAUGGAAGGAUCAUGUGUUUUCGCAUCCAUGACCUGAUACACGAAACUGUUGUCCUCAAAUCAAGAGCAAUAAGUUUCGCUGAACCAAUCACAAAUGAGGAAAAUGCAAGAAACACAUUCCUUGAUAAGGUCAAACUUACGAGAUGGUAA